GUCAGUCUGCUUCAGUGACUGUCGCAUUCGGCUUGUCAGUUCCAUCGAGCAACGCUCGCUUCUAACACAUCAGACUAACGAUCCGUCAAUCCUACUCGGAAAACCCUCUCGCCGACGCGGUCGUAAAAUUCCUCGGAUAAACAUCACUUCAGAGGCUCAUAAAAAAAUAGAGAGAAAUACCACUACCCCUCUCUCCCAUCAUUCCUAGAUUUCGCAAAUAGCAGUUGAGGUGAGCCUGCGCGCCAAUGGAAAAACAGUAGACACGACAGAGCACCGAUAUGCCAACCUAGGAUACCGUUGUGUCUUCAUCCUCCCCAACGCUACUCACCUGUGCUCACUGUUGCGUUACCAUUGUGUCUCAUUCGUCCAAUAAAUUAUGGUAGUCCUUACAGUGUUGACGAUGAAAAAGUCCUGAGGAUUGGAUAUUUUGGACAAACCAUUGUGGAAAAACAAAAGGAGACUGACGAGUUGAACAAUCACCGUAGAAUCUGGAAGUGGUGGUGUAAAUUUCGUGGAUGACCCCAAAGCACCAGGAUUGACAGGUGGAGAAGAAUGAUGGGGGGGCUCCCCAGUGGCUGGAUGAGGAGGGUCCUCCUUCUCCUCAUGCUCAUCACUGGGAUCCUCCUGAUUGCCAUGUACGCCCACACACCACCACUCGUAUCUCUCCAGCCCUUCGCCCCCAGGAGUCUGAAGCAGUUAUCACGUCAGGUGAUUAAUGAGAUGACCGAUAAUAUUACAAUCGUCGAUUUCGGAGAUGAACUAACGGUGGAAUCAAUGAAUUACUCGAGAUCGUUCAACAGCCCAUGGACAUGGGUUUGUGUAGCGGGCAGAUGUGAGCGACGUACGUCAAGAACAUCGCGUACGUCCUUCGCAACGUGCAAUGCACUCUGCGGUGGUAACACUCGAUUACUUUGGCCGCGACCCACUGGUAGCGUCAUACUCGGUGAAGAGAUGAUUGCAUUAUCUCUUCAACACAUUGAAUUAGUUACCAUCAAUACCAGGGAUGAGGAAGUUAAAAGUCUACUCGAACAUGCCAAGGAUGUUUUUAUUGGGAACAUCAGAAGUCUAAUAAAGAUGCCUAACGUUCGAGAGAGAUGGAGCAUCGAUAGCUUCGUCAUCUACCUGGACGCUGCAGCGGCUUCAGGCACCAGGUUAACUCUCUCCACCGACGAGUCAUAUAUUCUGGACCUAUCCCAGAAGGGUCGCCUCCUCGAAGCCAAGAUAUCCGCAAAGACCUACUAUGGUAUCCGCCAUGGUUUGGAAACCCUUUCUCAAUUCUUCUGGUGGGACGACUCUGCAGGUCGCCAGGGGGUUCUACGUGUCCUCACCAAAGCUUAUAUAGAGGACAAGCCAUCUUUUCACUAUCGAGGACUUCUUAUUGACACGGGUCGUCAAUUUUUUUCCAUAGAGCAACUAAAACGUGUAAUUGAUGGAAUGGCUGCAUCCAAGUUGAACACCUUUCACUGGCACAUAUCGGACUCGCAAUCCUUUCCCUUCGAGUCAUCGAUUUUUCCACAGAUGGCGAGAUGGGGUGCUUUCAGUGGAGAUGAGAUUUACACACCCGAGGACAUAAAAGAUUUAGUAGAUUAUUCGAAAAUCCGAGGCAUCAGAGUCAUAAUAGAAAUUGAUUCUCCUGCUCAUGCUGGAGCUGGUUGGCAAUGGGGUCCUGAAUAUGGUUUUGGAGAGUUAGCUUUAUGCGUUGACCAAGAACCCUGGUCAUCAUUCUGUGGUGAGCCAAAUUGUGGACAGUUAAAUCCCAUUAACGAGCAUUCUUACAAAAUUCUCGAAAGUUUGUACAAAGAAAUACUCGAUAUCACUGAAGUAAGAGAUAUUGUUCAUGUUGGUGGGGAUGAGGUGAAUUUAGAAUGUUGGGCGCAGUAUGGAAAUAUCACUCAAGCGAUGCAAGCAUCCAACUUCACAGAUUUACAUGCAAUAUGGGCUGAUUUCGAGGGGAAAGUGCUCAAGCGAAUUGUCAGGGCAAAUAAGAAUGAGGUACCGAAGGCUGUAAUACUUUGGAGUUCACCGUUGACCAAAAGACCGUGGAUAACAACUCAUUUCGAUCCUAAGAUUCACGUUAUCCAAUCUUGGGGAGGGAGUAAUUGGCCUGAGACUGGAGAUUUACUUGAAGAUGGAUUCAGAGUGAUCUUGUCGCAUGUGGACGCCUGGUAUUUGGACUGCGGCUUUGGAAAAUGGAGAGAAACUGGGGAGGCUGCCUGUGGGGAGUAUAGGACGUGGCAGACUGUUUAUAAUCACAGACCGUGGAGGGAUUAUCAGGCUGCCAAUUUGGUGAUGGGGGGUGAGGUAGCAUUGUGGAGUGAACAAAUUGGACAAGCCAGUUUAGGGCCCCGACUGUGGCCCAGGGCGUCCGCCUUUGCCGAGAGAUUAUGGAGUGAUUUACCAACAGCAGGAUAUAUCACAGAGGAGAACGUCUAUACUCGUCUGUCAGCCCAUAUGGACGUUCUCCAAACUCGUGGACUUAAAACCGAAGCAAUGUGGCCACAAUGGUGCAGUCAGAAUCCUGGAAAAUGUCUCUGACCGAGUAUCAGCUAGAUCAGGUGGGGUCUCUGCCGCAUCAUGAAUAGUUGGCCGUGCAUACGACGUCCCGUGUAAAGAAAUUGAUAGAAAUAAAUACAACAAAAUACAUAUAGGUAAAUAUUAAAGUAAUUCGAGGAUUUAGUAAAAAACUAAAAUUUAUAUGUGACGCGAAAACUUUUAUACUACAGUUGUACACAAUGGAGAUUUUUCAAUAAUUCGGUGAGUUCAAUCAGUGCAUUGUUAUUUCAGAAUAAAAGGGACACAUCGGAAUAGUGUAUCACAGGGUCCAAGUGUAGGGAGGGCUCUUGUAGAGCGAGUUUUUAUAUGAAAUCAAUAAUUUGUCGAUUUAAUGACGAUUGAUACAUGCACGGAUGAAAGUAUUAAUUAAAUUAUGCUAUGAGUUUAUCUCUCAUUCAUUAAAUAUAUUGGGUGAACUGUUGCAAAUUAUUGUUUGAACUUGAGUAUUUAUUUUCUUUAACUGUAUUACUAUAAUUAAUUUAUUUUCAAGCAAUACCUAUUGACCUCUGAUCAGUUAUUGGAUCCUCGUUGUGAAUUUAAUUGGAACCUGGGCGCCAGGUUUCUGUGGUUUCCACAACAAUAGUCAAAUGUUGACAAACGAUUCACGAGCAUGUGCGCAGGAUCUUUGACGGUUCAAUGCCGAGGCCUAAAGUCAGUCUCGCAAAGUUUAAAUAACAACAUCAUUCUGAAAAAUCAGCACAUUGAAAGGUUGAGGAGGUUCACAUGACAUUUCUGGCAUUCGAUUACAAAAGUAGAAACGCAUUUCACUGCAGAAAAACCGGUAAAAGUACUUGGAAAUCGUUAAAUCACGAUUUUACGACUAGCUCGUACGGUCGAUAAGGAAUUUAUGCGUCAGUGAUCGAUAAAAACGAAUAUCUAAUCGCAUUUUUUUCAAGUCCUCAAUACGUUUGAUACAUACGAAUCGUCGUCUAUUUAAGUUCAAAGAAAAAGUCGGUCAAACUGAACCUUGGGCUUCAGGGCUUUUGCGAAAGCACGUUUGUCCCUUUUAUCACUUUUACCCUCUCACGUACAGGGUCUGUAAAAAGUGAUCUGCCCGAAGGGCCGUGAAAUUUUCCCAAUAAAGGAAAUCAUUGAAUGAUCAUAUUUUUAUUUGGAGCCUUUGUUGAUUGAAAAAAAUAAAAGAGUGCUUUGAAAAAUUCACCAAUUCACUGGGGAGACAAUGUCACUGAUUUUCUAAUUUUUCCCAAUAUCAAUGUGUCUUAGAAUCUGAGACAAGAUUUUUUCGUUGUUGACACAUGCUGGCUUAAUGAUAAUUAACAAUUAAGUAUCAAUGUAUUUAUGCAACUCAAUACCGACAAAAAGGGCCUUUAUCAUACGAUCGUCCAUAAAUCAGUCGCAAAGAUCUCUUACAUUUCAAAAAUGAUCUCAAAAUUGAAAAAUAGUUGAAUAAAUUUACAAUCAGGAAACUGGUUCACUCAAUGAUUCUGCAAUUGUUCACCCAAGAUGUAAUUUCCGAUGACAAAUAUUUAAAGUGGUUGAUUGUACAUUAAGAUUAAAUUCUUUGCUCAUCAAACAAUAUUAUUGAGUAUGAAAAUGAAAAUAGAAUAUUGUUGGCAUUUUAUUGUUUGAAAGUGCCUUUCAAUCACUCAGUUUUUUUUAUUCUUAGCUAAGUGGUGAAGAGGAUAUCAACGAAAUGAUUGAAGCUAUGAAAACGAAUAUAGUAGAGUUCUCUUGCUUUUUCCGACUCGGGACGUCUCCUGAAUGGAAUAUCAUGUAAAAUUGAAUACGAAGAGAAAAAUCUCACAAAAAUGACUGUAUUAGAGUUCUCACCAAAGUAGGAGAUGUAAUGAGGGUGACAUAAGAAAGUAGAGGGGAAUACUGGAAUGUCAUAAUCGUUAAGACUUUAUUAGCUCCUUAGAAAAAUUAUGACCUGAACUGUGAGCUACAGGCGACUGAGGAGAUUGUACCCCAGGGCGUCAGAGGGGGGAGCGAAGAAUUGUAGUGGACAUUGGGUGAAAUGGCGUAAGUCUGCGGGGUAGAAUCUCUUCAGUCCGAUAAUCUAGUGUUUUUAUGGCGUCCAAAAUAAGGAUAAGUAAUGUAUGAGGAGUGGGAAAAUGUUUUUGAGGAGAACAAGCCACGAGGGGAGAUCUGUCUUCCUUGUAAAAGCAAGGAAACUCUACUAUAGUAUAUUGAGUUCAUUACUUGGUCCUGGUAAUUAAUGAACGUUUGUAGAAGGAUGAAGUUUACAUGUGCAAUCGUAGAAUAUGCCCCUCGAUCAAUCAAGUUAUGAAAAGUAUUAUUGAACAUUUUUUGUGGAAGCGACGCAAGGAACGUGGAAAGAGAGCAAUAGGAACGAAAUAAGUUUUGCACCUUUUUAACGGAUGAUUCUCUUAAUUGUUGAUUUAAUUUUAUUCCUGUCGCUUCCGAAUGGAAGCUUAUAAUCUUAAUUCUCUUAAUCUUAUAAUUUGCUACGAAGUAAGGGUUUGUACCUAAGCAAUUUUUGAUAUUUAUGACAAAACCAGUGUUAGGAGAAAAGAAGAUAUUCAACUCUUUGUGAACAAACUGUCUGCUUUAAUCUUUCCUAAACUACUAGUCCGAUUUAAGUUUCUAUCGAGAUAAAUUAAAAUAUCACGACUCGUUCAUACAAUAUUUUCAAAAUAUUUGCGGUUUUAUAAUUUUCCUCAUCUCAGAGCGAAUUUAAUGUUCCAUAAUACGUGUAAAAGUCGAAGUGAACAUCUGCAAUAGUGGCUGAUAGUUAUGUAGAAUGACACUUGUGUAUAAAUUUUUGCGAGGAUUGAUUUAGUAAAACUUGCCAUAGAUCAAUGAGUUCAGCUCAAAAAAGUUCACAUCAUCAAAUUUUUGAUGAUUUAAGGAUGUUCAAACUAUUUUUACAGCUUGGUGAACCUCGUCAAUCAUUAAAUGUAUCAAUUAAAUUAUAUAAGGGAAAUUUGAAAAACAUCAUGCAUAUGCAGUGUCAUUUUAAUGAUAUUUUGCACAGAAUUACCAUUUUUUAACGUUCAUUGUUUAUGAAUAAAUAUUUUAAACUGCUUAAACUUUCGAAAAUUUUAUUUUUUGGUCGUGAAAUCGAUUUCGGGAAAAACCAGUCUGUGAGUCAAAGCGUUUGCGACUUACGAAUUCAAUACAUACAAUUUCUGUUUUAACACUUUUCAACUUGCUAUUUUAUUGGCAAUAAAAAAAUUGUUUGAGAACGUUCUCGUACAUUUUUCAGCGUAAAAAAAUCCAUAAUAUGAGACAGUGUCCUUGUCUAUUUUAUACUAUGUGAGUAACUGAUCAGAUAUCUCAGUUGUUUCCGAGCGAAAUUGCGGUCUAUUCUUCGAAGUGUAAAACUUUGAUGAGUGGCCAUGAUAUUUUGAUUUGAAAUUAUCAGUUAUAAUUAAAAAAAGGUUUUGCCACGCAUCCAUUCGGAAGCUUCCUAACGAAGCAAUGGGUACAAAUAAGAACAAGGAAAAAUCCGUUAAUGAAUAAAAUAAUCAUAAAACGAAUCCUGUUGGAUUAGCGCAGUACCUUACUUGUUUAUUGGUAACUUUCUUUGAAUCAUGAACUCACCCUGUAUAAUAGUGUAUGAUAAAUUGUGGUUAUCACUCAACUUAAAUUGUGGAAAUGAUAAUCGUAAGAGAAGUCAUGAUGAAUCGUAAGAAAUCAUUGUGUACCGAGUAUUUUAGUAGUGGAGUGGUAAAAUGUGUCAAGUUUCAUCGCAAAUUGCCAGAUUUUAUUUAUUUCUAUCUCUGUGAAAAAAAGCUUUUACCCGAUCUUUUGUCGUCAACGUAUUCCUUUUUGAAAUAAUUGCACCUAUGAUUUUUUUUAUGGAAUAGAAAUCCUAAUCCUUGACUGAUCUAUGCAAUUCUUCAAUGAAAUAUAUUAUACCGACUUGAAACGUUUUACUCCUACGCUACAGAUUUUAUCACCAGAUUACUUAAUUAUUUAUAGAUUACUUAAACGCUACUAUUACAUUACAUAAACCAAUUAACAAAAGUUUAUACUUUAGACAAUUUUUUCAUUGUUGGUUUGAAAUUUAUAACUUUAUUUUAUUUAAUGGAAUAGUACAAUGAAUUUGGUCUGUAACCUUAGUCAUUUUGGGGUGACAAAACCGUAAAGGAAAUCGAGACAAUGACAUCCGUCGAGCGAGGAGAAGAUAGAAGCAUAGAAAUUAAAUGAAAUUAAGAGAAAGAAUGAAAUUUAUAAAGGUUAACUGAAAUAUUGUGGCCUAGAUAUUCGAAUAAUUAACUGCAAAUCUUAUAAUUUAUUUAAACAAAAAAAAUCUAACUGACAUAGUGUACUUACCAUCUGUGCACUCACCUAAAUGAUAAAAAUGAAUAUGUCAUUUCCGGUUAUCUCGGAAAUGUUUUCUGCGAUAAUAUUGUCCAAUAGCUGAUGAAGGAAAAACAUUGGUGAAAUUCUGCCACAUUAGAAAAAAUAAUAAUUACAGAAAAUGUUUAUAUAAAAAUACGUAAAUUUAAUCGAAUGCGUUAUUGAUGGUUUUCAAUGGGAUAUAGAGACUUAAAUUAUGAACAGUAUUUGGCAAAUUUAUAUCUGUUGAUAAUAAUGUGAACAUACGCAAAUUGCGAUAUAAAUUGAAUUUUAAUACAAAAUGUUUCCUUACAAAGA